AUUAAUAGUUCCACUACCACUAUAAAACAAGUCAACAAUAAUAAACAAUAUUCAUUCAGUUCAGUAUUUUCGACGCGAUGUUUGAAUUGAACGGUUUCGCUAAAAUGCGCCGGCAACUCGUCAUUUUACUAAUUCUGUUCGUAGUAACUGCGAAAACAGAAAGAUUCCGAGUAAUUCGAGAAUGGAAAUAUUUUAAUUUCACAUGGCCCAGUGAGGAAAUGUACAAAAACGCCGUAUCAAGGGGUACUUACAUACCAGAAAACAAUAUAAUAGCAGGCAUUAACUACUUCGAUGAUUUCUAUUACUUAACCGUUCCCAGGAUGAAAGACGGAGUUCCCGCUACGCUCGUCAGGAUUCCCGCCGGAGUUACCAACGACACCGCUCCCGCUCUACAACCGUACCCUUCUUUCGAAAUGAACGCCGAAGGGGACUGCAACGCUUUACAAAACGUCCAAAACAUAGAAAUCGAUCCAAAGGGACAACUUUGGAUAAUAGAUAGCGGUAGAACGGAAACUUUGACGAAUCCCUCGGCGAGAUGCCCUCCCAAAUUGAUUAUUUUCGAUAUUAAGAAAAAUAUGACCACCGCUGCGUAUACAUUUCCCGAAAAUGUCGCUAGUUUGGAUUCGAAUUUUUUAUACGAUAUCGUGGUAGACGACACAGACUCUGGAUAUGCUUAUAUUACGGAUAACAGUGCUAAAGAUCCAGGCAUAAUUGUUUUUUCUGUGAAAGACCACCAUUCUUGGAAAAUCCGACAUUCCCAGACCAUGCGAGCGGAUCCAAAAGCUACAACUUUUAGAGUAGGAGGUGUAAUCAUCAAUUCUCCAUUAAACAUAGCCAGUAUAGCAUUAGGACCGAAAAUACACACGAGUUCAGACAGAAUCAUUGUUAAUGAUGAUAGGGAGGUUUACUUCAGCCCGAUUUCCAGCUAUCAUCUUUAUUCAAUCAAUAGUAGCGUGCUUCGGAAUGAACAAAAUGGAAAGGAAAAUAGCGAGUAUCAGGGAAACGUCAAGGAUUAUGGACAGAAGAUCUCUCAAACAGCAGGAAUGUUGAUGGACAACAAAGGAGUUCUGUAUUACAGUCUCCUAAGUACUAACAGCAUCGCCAAAUGGGAUUCCUACACACCUUUCACGUCAGCUCAAAAAAUAAUAGCUAGAGACGAGAAAUUUUUGGAAUGGCCGAACGCAUUCACCUACGACGGAAACGGCAACAUCACCGUCGUCGUCAAUAAACUCAACAAAUUCAUCUACGACAGAAUGGAUUCGAGUAAAUUCAAUUUCCGAUUAAUAUCAUCGCAUAAUGGACGUAAUAGUUACCUUUUCAAUCAAGCGUACCAAUAUAAUAUAGAACCUAAUGUAACAACGACUACUACAACGGAAAACACUCAUUUAGAGGAACCGGAAAUAUUACCGGCUUCAGGAAAAGAUCCUUAUUUGGUACCGGUACCUAUACCAGAACACAAAGAAGAAACUACGACUAGUCCGGAACCAUCAAUGGAACACGCAACUAAAAUAGAACCAGUAACUGAAUUAGAGCGUACAACUACACCAGAGCCCAAAUUAGAAGAAGAAAUUGGAACGAAUAAAUCAACACCGGUACCUACACCACUACCUGAACCGGAGCCUAAGUCUGAACCGGAGCCUAAAUCGGAACCAGAGCCUAAAUCAGAACCGGAGCCUAAAUCGAAACCGGAGCCUAAAUCGGAACCGGAGCCUAAAGCUGAAGUAGCGCCUCAAGCAGAUCCAAAAGUAGGUGCUAAUUUGGAGAAAACUAAGACGACUAAAUCGUCUGCUUCGAUCGCAGCUCCCGCGAUUCUAGGAAUCGUUAUUACUUGUAAAUUAUUAUGGAUUUAGUUACUAAAAGUGAUGUAACUUUGAAGGACAGUGUAUAUAAAGUGAUUAAAAAUACAAGAAAUAGCGAAAAAUAUUGGAAUUUGUAAAUGAAGGUUACUACUUUUUUAUUAUUUCGUAAUUAAUAAUCACCCUGUACAAUAAAUGAAAGUAUUUCUAUGCAGUAUUGUUAAGUAUGAUUCCAAAAAUAAUUGGAAUCUUUGUAAAUACCCUGGUACAAUAUAAAAUAUGUAUAAGAAUUUGAAUAAAUUAUAUGGAUAAUA